CCGACUUAAAGUGGCCCAUCGUCUUCCCCAGUUUAAGCACGAACCAAAUUUUGUGCGCCUAUAUACCAAGAAUCUACUCUCUCUUUCACACGCGCGCGGGCUCACCAAAAUCCUCUCUCUGUGGCUACAAACCCCCUCCAAGAUUUCCUUUGUUAACUUCACUAUCCCUCUCAGUCCCGGCCAUAAUCUCCAAAUAUCGUCAUACCCUCUCUUCUCUUUGUCUCUAUUUCUUACUUCAUAUAUGACUUGUUCUCUUCUGUGUAUUAUUAUUAUUUUCCAGGCGUUUUAGACAAACCCAAUUUGCUCUAACACAACAAUAAUUGACCACCAUGGUUUGAUCACCAUUUCAAUUUCAUCAGUACUUCUCUGCAACUCAAAGUUCAACCAUGCAUAGCCCUUCAAUAACAACAACCCAAGAACCGAGUCCUGUCUACGACCUUGUAUCACAAUUGGGUCGCUUUGCCUUCAGUUCAAGGUUUCAGAAUCAGGGCUCAGAUGGGCACUCUUCGUUUUUAUCUAAUUUCUUGUACUUUGAUGGCUUUGGGGGUUCAGUUUCCGGGAAAAAGCCCAAGGUUGGUGCUUCAGCUUCACUGAGUUUGACCAGUAGAGGCAGUUCAAGCAUUCGGAGAAUUGUGACCGAGUUUAAUAGAGCAAUUAGGUUCCAUUGUGACAAAUUCCCAAUUGGGUUUGCUUCAGUUCAGACUGGUUAUGGGGAUAACAAUGGUUCGGAUAAUGGUGUUGGGGACAGUAACAAUGUCUUGAUAGAAGAUGGGGGUGGUGCUAACGAUCAUGGGAUAGCUUUGAAUGGUGUGGGGGCAGAGAGCCCCAAAAAAGUGCUGAUUUUGAUGAGCGACACCGGUGGCGGUCACCGAGCUUCUGCAGAAGCUAUCAAGGCAGCGUUUAAUGAAGAAUUUGGGGAUGAAUAUCAGGUGUUUGUUACUGACUUAUGGUCGGAUCAUACGCCUUGGCCAUUUAAUCAACUUCCCAGGAGCUAUAAUUUCUUGGUGAAACAUGGGCCAUUAUGGAAGAUGACAUAUUAUGGGACUGCUCCACGUUUGGUGCAUCAAUCUAAUUUUGCGGCAACUUCUACAUUUAUAGCUCGGGAGGUUGCCAAAGGAUUGAUGAAAUACCAGCCGGAUAUUAUUAUCAGCGUGCACCCACUGAUGCAACAUGUACCACUUCGUGUCUUAAGGGGAAGGGGUCUAUUGAAGAAAAUAGUUUUUACCACAGUUGUCACAGAUUUAAGCACUUGCCAUCCUACAUGGUUUCAUAAGCUUGUAACAAGAUGUUAUUGUCCUACAACUGAAGUUGCGAAGAGGGCAUUGAAAGCUGGACUCCAGCCUUCCCAAAUCAAGGUUUAUGGCCUCCCCGUACGCCCUUCCUUUGUCAAGCCUGUGCGACCGAAGGCUGAACUCCGGAGAGAAUUAGGAAUGGAGGAGGAUCUUCCUGCUGUGUUGCUGAUGGGAGGAGGAGAAGGAAUGGGUCCUAUUGAGGCUACAGCUCGGGCACUUGGGGAUGCAUUAUAUGACGAGAAUCUUGGGGAGCCUGCAGGUCAGGUCCUUGUCAUAUGUGGUCGCAACAAAAAGCUUGCAAACAAAUUGCUUUCAAUCAACUGGAAGAUCCCUGUCCAGGUGAAGGGGUUUGUUACUAAAAUGGAGGAAUGCAUGGGAGCUUGUGAUUGCAUAAUUACAAAGGCGGGCCCAGGCACUAUUGCAGAAGCCAUGAUAAGAGGCCUCCCGAUAAUUCUGAAUGACUACAUUGCUGGACAGGAAGUUGGGAAUGUACCAUAUGUUGUUGAAAACGGGUGCGGGAAAUAUUCUAAAUCUCCGAAAGAGAUAGCAAAGAUUGUUGCUCAGUGGUUUGGUCCAAAAGCUGACGAGCUCAAGGCCAUGUCGGAAAACGCAAUUAAGCUGGCGAGGCCUGAUUCUGUGUUCAAGAUUGUUCAUGAUCUUCACGAGCUGGUUCGACAACGAAGCCUUGUACCUCAAUUAUCAUGUACAACUUAACCCUAUUUCCCCCCAGCCAAUUUUGUUUACUAGUCCCUCUAAUUCAGCAAAAUGCACACGCUUUUCUGCCCUCCUCAUUUCAUUGCCUUGUUAUAAUUGUGUUUCAAAUAUAAUAAAUAAUAAUAAAAGUUCUCUA